AUGGGGAGCAACGCAGCAGGCAACGGAUUCGACGAGAACAGAUUCCGAGACGUUUUGCAUGCGCACGCGGAAUUAUUGUAUCGCGAUCUUAGUCGUCGGGCUAGGACACGAGCGAUUGAGAUGAGUUCUGUAGAGUCCAUACAUGGUUUGUCCGAAGAAGCCAUUAACACGUGUCUGAAGAUAAGGAAUGUUAGCCGCGGCGUCGUCGUCGGAGAUGAAGAGCUUCUAAUUUGCAGUGUAUGUCGAGAACGUCUUUAUCUUUGGGAAGAAGAAGACAAGACUAAGACUACUACGGAGAUUGCGGAACUUGGCUGCGGACACGACUUCCAUGUCGAUUGCAUAAAACAAUGGCUUCGACGCAAUAAUCGUUGUCCGCUUUGCAGAGCUAUUUUUUGUUGUUAA